GUUUCCAACCAUUUGACCAAACAUGAGAUUCAUACCAAGGAAUGGCCGAGCUAACGUGGAGCUAUUGGUUCCUGGUCUUCGUAGGAUGCGGACAAGACUUGGCGAGGGGUGAAAUGACUUGAGGGAGCCGCUGCCUUUCGUUUCUCUCAAGGCAAAAAACUGCCUUCCCAGUGCAUUAAUGGAGAGCUGAACCCACCUCUCCCUCCGCACUUGGUGGAAGCCCCUCCCUAGUCAGCGGCUACCCAUUUCCUUGGAACACCUCGAAACCAUCGAAGGAAUCAGAUACCUUUUCCAGAUUCUUGUUUCUCCUCAAACCACGAAGAAAGUUUCCUUCUUGAUCGAAACCCAGAAAAACCCAAUUCGCCGUUUCAUCACCUGAAGUUCAUUUUUUCUCCUUUGAUCGUCGAGAAAAGGAGAGAGAGAAGUACCCAAUUCGCCAUGGAACCCGGCUCGCCCAACACGAUCCCCGUCUUCUCGACCUUCGCCUCGCCGUACGAUGGCGCGGCUCCGAUCAACGGCGCCCGGAAGCCGAUCAGCCUGUGGCCGGGGAUGUACCACUCGCCGGUGACGAUCGCCCUGUGGGAGACGAGGUCGAGGACCUUCGAGCGGCUCCUUGACCCCCCAAAGGACGCGCCCCCGCAGAGCGAGCUGCAGGUCAAGACGCCGGCGCAGAGCAGGACCAGCAUCUUGUACGGCUUCUCGUCGGAUUACAUUCUGAGGGAGCAGUACCGGGACCCCUGGAACGAGGUCAGAAUCGGGAAGUUGCUUGAAGACCUCGAUGCUUUGGCCGGUACCAUCUCGGUCAAGCACUGUUGUGAUGAAGAUAGCACAACAAGACCACUUCUUCUAGUUACUGCAUCAGUUGACAAGAUUGUCUUGAAGAAGCCAAUCAGUGUUGACAUUGAUCUGAAAAUCGUGGGUUCUGUCAUAUGGGUGGGGCGCUCAUCCAUGGAAAUUCAACUUGAAGUGAUUCAAUUUUCUGGAGAGAAGUCUAAUGCCACAGACUCAGUAGCAUUGACAGCCAACUUCAUAUUUGUUGCUCGUGACUCUAAGACCCAUAAAGCUGCCCUGGUGAAUCGGCUCUCUCCUGAGACUGACCAAGAGAAAUUGCUUUUCGAAGAGGCAGAAGCUAGAAGUAAGCUGAGGAAAAGAAAGAGUGUUGGAGAAAGAAAGGAAACUGAUGACGGAAUUGCAAAGAGACUAAAUGAGUUGUUGACCGAGGGAAGGAUUUUCUCUGAUAUGCCCGCCUUAGCAGAUAGAAACAGCAUUCUUCUAAGGGAUACCCAUCUCGAGAAUUCUUUGAUUUGCCAGCCACAGCAGAGGAAUAUCCAUGGUCGGAUAUUUGGAGGGUUUUUAAUGCACCGGGCAUUUGAGUUGGCUUUCUCCACAGCUUAUGCCUUUGCCGGCUUGGUGCCUUGCUUCCUAGAGGUUGAUCAUGUUGAUUUUUUGAGACCUGUGGAUGUUGGAGACUUUCUGAGGUUCAAAUCAUGUGUGCUGUACACUGAACCGGAGAAACCAGAUGGGCCUCUGAUAUUUGUUGAAGUCGUCGCCCAUGUCACAAGGCCCGAGCUCAGGUCUAGCGAGGUAUCAAACACCUUCUACUUCACUUUCACGGUGCGCCCCGAGGCAAAAUCUCUGGAGAAUGGAUUCAGAAUUAGGAACGUGGUUCCUGCAACAGAGGAGGAAGCGCGGCGUAUCCUGGAACGCAUGGAUGCUGAGACCUUGCAGCUGUAGUGCACAUAUGGGUAUGCAUAUAAGUGUAUAACUCUAGGUUGAGGGUAUCGUUCAUUGGUUAUAUGGAGUAUCCUACACUAGACUGGAGUGUCCACAUGGCUCGUACAGGAAAUAAUAUGCUACUAAUUGACUCGUCGAAUCUGAUAUAGGGAUAGUUUUUCAUUGGUCGUUUCCUGCUCUUUUAUCGAGCAAAAGGAAGACGUAGGUAAUCCCAUUUAAGUUAUAUAGCAUGUAGAAUGGCUGCCUUUAGCUUAAUAGGUAUAAUAAUACCGAUUUGAAUGGAUUCAAUGCA